GUUUAAGCCGAAGGAUGAAGAAGCCUUUGCGCCCAACAAUCCGCGGGGCUAUGUGGCCAAGGAGAAUUCUCCCGGCUUGCGACAGGGCGUGCUGUCCACUCAACAAGCAGCCAGGGAGGUAGCGGCAUAUCUGCUGGACCACAAGCAUUUUGCAGGGGUUCCGCCAACGACUUUGGUACAUGCCAAGCAUCCAGCAUUCGUGAACCCCAACAAGAAGGUGGCCUGGAAGAUUGGCGCCUUCCAGGAGUUUGUGCACGCGCAUGGCACCUGUGGGGACUAUGGACGUUCGAUGUUUAAUACCGCCUCCGUGCAUGCGAUUGGUAUCUUGGACGUCCGGAUUGUGAACUUAGACCGAAACGAUGGCAAUCUCCUUGUGGCCAUCGAAAACAAGAGGCCGCGCCUGAUCCCCAUCGAUCAUGGUUUAUCUCUGCCAGAUCGACUGGAGGUCUAUACUUGCGACCUGGUUUGGAUGGAGUGGCCACAGGCUCGAGAGCCCUUUGCUCCUGCCGAGCUUGAAUACAUCAGGUCUUUGGAUGGGGCUCGAGAUGCUGCCAACAUCGAACAUCAGGUGGGGGUUCGCCGUGAAUGUUUGCGACUGCUUGAGGUGACCACCACAUUGCUCCAGAAGGGGGCGGAGCAUGGCUUGUCGCUUCAUCAGAUUGGCCUCAUCAUGUACCGGGAAGACCGGUGCAGUGAGGAUGAAGCUCCGGUUCAACCCAGCAUUUUGGAGCGGAUGCUAUCCAGAUGUGUUGAUUCCGCCGCAGCAGCGGUGGGUGAUGCACAUGGGACUGUCUCGUCCACUGUGGAGAGCUUGGAUCUUCUCUCCAUCCGGGCCACGUCACCAAUUCGUCGACAAGUCUCUGGAGAUCCAGGUUUCGCGUAUCCAAUUGCUCCGUCUCCGCUCCCUUCGCCCAUGUUUUCACCCGCCAUCUGCAAAGCAGUCGCUGAUCUGCAAUUUCCACCUCUGGAUGGAGACAUCGACCAGGUAGACUUUGCACGGGCAGCAAGCCCUGAGGGACGAGGAAAUUCCAGCGAACAAGAGAUGUAUCCGCAAGAUCAGAUCCGCGAGGAGGAGAGCCCUGAUGAUACGGUGGGUCUUCGAAGGAUG